GCCCGCGCUCAGUAUGGCGAGGUGUCUUCACUAAAGGUCACAAUGUAGCCUUGGAGCUCCUUGGAGACACCGCCAGGAUGUCCUGCCGCUUGCGCGCCACAGAGUCCGAGUCGGCAACCGUUGCUGGUCCCGGCGACAUCGUCGUAUCGACCCCUCUUUCAACCUCCCCAGACCCCACCACCAUUGCUGACAUAUCAGAGACGGGCCCAUCUAACAGGGAUGAAUAUCAUACGGGCCGUCGACCACUAAGCGACGGCGGAUAUUCAGGUGACGGCGCGUGAGUCUUGGAGUACAAGCUAUCACUGUGAAUAAAAUUUAAUACAGCGUGGUAAAUUUACAAUGUGCU